AUGUCAGAAGUAUACAAGUACAUUCCUUACGUUGACUUCAGGAGUGCAGGGGAAGAUUGGAGGUAUUACGAUUUCGAUACAGAGUGUAGAUGGCGCGAAGAAUUCCGAAAUUCGAAAGAUCCAUAUAGCUGGGCGGCAAAUAAAGUCGCAGAACAAUCGAUUAUAGACGAACAUUCCCAAGAAUGCAUGGAAUGGGAACAAAUACGUCCACUACUUCAGAGAUAUCGGCGUGUGAAAUAUGGUGAUACGAUACAUGAUCGUAAGAGAACUAUAUAUGAUCGCGUCCUGGCGGCUGGAUGGAAAAAUGAAUUAAAUUUUAUGGUCAGGGAAAAUAUUAUGCACAUGCUUAUGGAUGAUAUCAAGGUAGAGAGUGCAUGUAAAAGUGCUCUUACUGAGGAAGAACUCAUCAACUUGGACCCUCACCUAGACAGAAUAAUGGCAAAGGUCUUCGAACUUAAUCUUGAACAGAAGCGAUAUCAUCUCCUCGACGAAUACAUUCAGACCAUUGAAGACAUUCUCACAUCCUAUUCUAUCUUCCUGCCCGCUAAUUCACUGGUUAUUGGCAUGGCUGAUGUUAUACUUCACCCAAUUACUCAAAGUUAUCUUGCCAAUCCCAACCCGAAGUCUGAAGCAUAUUUGAGCAAGAUGAUGCCCGUCAUUGCUGCUGACAUAAAGGUGUCGUUGAAUAACCAAGUAUACGAUCUUAUUCGCGCCAACACCCCUCCGGGUUAUGCCUUUAACCGUGACAUAGCACUCAACUUGGCAACAACAAUCUUCUAUUGUUCUUUAUGUGGAGGCGAUGGUUUCUCGAUUUCCCCUGCAGAUCCUAUCAGAUACCCAAGAAUUAUCAACCAUAAUUGUGCAUUCUAUCAUCUUCCAGAUUUUUCGUGCGACGGCGCAGGUGAUUCCAAGGAAAUAGAUAUCGAUAUCUGUGGCCAGAUUACGGGUUGUACUUCGUGGAAUCGCUUCAAGGUCCUUAAGAUGAAUAAAGAGGAUUUCAAGGCGCUAGCAGAAAUCGUUAUCAUGUGUGGACUCGACCCGCAAACAGCUACUGGUGACGAUAUGGAUGCGUUAGACCCUAUCUUUGAAUGUGUUUCAUGCAACAGUCCAGAACUAGGCCGUACAACGAUGAGAUGGUCUUUGGUGCCUCGACACAGGAAACAAUGGAAUCACUGCAAUUCAAAAACACCUCCAGAUAUCGUACUUCUUGAAGAGGAAGAGGCUGAGGCUGUACGGAUCCGCAUGGAUGAAGAAGAAUCUCGGAGAAUGGCGCAUAAUAUGUACAGAGAUUUGAUUUGUGCGCGCUGCAAAACCCGUGGCUCGUCCGGACAUCUUCGUUACCACUGUAAGACGACCUCUUUCGUUGAACAAGUUUCAAAGUCAUGGGAUCCUUAA